AUGGCGAUCUUCGCCGAUCUGCUGACCGGCCACGGAGCCACUGCCUUCGUCCUGUGGUGCGGUGUUCUGCAACUGUUGUGUGUCCUCCAGAUCUUGCGGCGGGCGUGGCCGUUUCGGAAUGUUCGGAACGUGGUGAGCUGGGCCUGCCUUUGGGCGAAGCGUGUGCUGAAACAGACCUUCAGCACGGAAAAGGAGAUCCUGCAUCAGGAGGUGGCCAGCCUGCAGCUGGACUUUGCGAGAUCCUAUUUCUCCAGCGCAAACGUUUGCCUCUGCGGCGCCAUGUCAAUCAUCCAAAUCAAUCUGGUGACUGGUCGACCCAGAUGGAUGACGCCCAUCAGCAGCUGGGCAAGUUUGGUGUUUCUGUCGAUGCUCACCCUGAUUGUGUGGUGCCCACCUGCCCUCUCGGUGAAGACGCUCGACCUGUUGUGCUUCUUUCUCAACGGUCUGGUGGCGCUCUUGGUAUCGCCCUUGGGCAGCAAGGCGAAUCAUUCCUGGAACAUUCGUUUCUUUUGCCUCAUCGUGAUCCAAGUGCCGUCCUCUGUGUUCGUGCAGAACCGGUGCCUGGGCGGUGUGUGCUAUGUGUUCCUCACUGCCUUGAUGCUCUCCCGCUCAUUUCUGGCGGAGCCUGAGGAGAAGCUGGACAACUUCCUUCAGUAUCCGGGCACGUUGAUCAUGGUGGAGUGUGUGUUGCUGCCGUGCAUCUACACGUUGGUCAUAAACAUGCGCAGCAUGGUCAGGCAGAAGGUGGAGGCGCGGCUCCGGGAGCACGAGGUCAGCUCCCAGCUGGACGCCGCCUCUGCGCUGCUGGAGCUCACCUGCGACGCCGUCAUGGAGCUCGACGAAGACCUACGGCUGGUGGAGCAUUGUCCAAAGCUCGCAGAUAUGCUGCUUCGUGACAAAGGGUGCGCUUCCUUGAAGCGUGCGCGGUUUACAGACCUGGUGGCGAGACAAGAUUCACUGAGAGCUGAGCAAAAUCUUACGUAUUCACAGCAUGGAGCCUCGAAUGCCUGUGCAAAUGCCUUCCAUACGCAUCUGGUGGACAGCUGUUCAAGCAAGUUCCGCACAGAAGUCUUUCAAGUUAAAUAUCAGAUGCCCAGCGGCCGUCAGUGUCACUUGAUCGGCUUGCGGGAUUUCACAGACCUGAAGUCUUUGGCGGGAGACAAGGCGGCUGAUGCCAUCCAUGACACUUGUCCGAACGACGAGUUUGAUGCUCAUGGCACGAGCUUAGAAGCCCCUUUGCGCCAGAGAUCUGAAAGAAGCCACGCAAGCGCUUCAACAUCAGAGUUCAGCUAUGCACUGGCUGAGUCUGAACCAAGCAACCAGGGCAUGAAGUACAUUGACAAGCGUGAAGUGGAGGGAGUCGGUGUUGUCGAACAUACUGUGGUGCUGAAGCAGAAGAAGAUAUUCCUGGACUUGGAUAUGCAGACCAUGUUGGUGUCUGCGGCAUCUGCUCCAGUGACAUCUCUUGUUGGCCGGCACCUGGCAGAGAUCUUCAUCUCAGAAUACACCAUGGAGCUGUGCAACAGAUUGUGUCGCCUUGCGCAGCAAAGCCCCUUCCUGCCGGACAGCGUGGUCAGCUUUGAGCACAUGCCACUGUUUUGCGCACCCCGCGUCAUAGAGAUCACUGGGGCUAUGCAACUGGCCAGAAGCGCGCUGGGAGAUAUACACGUGAUUCUCAGCUUCAGGCAAUCAGAUCAGCCCAAAACGCUUCAGCUUUAA